AUCUAUGGCGAGUGGGCCACACCGAGGGACGAGGAGGUCUUAAGGGGCACCGUCGGACCUUUUCUCUUCAUCUCUCUCUCUCUCUGUCUCUCUUCUUCUUCCUUCCCCCUUCUCUCUAUAUCUUGGCUAUUCCCGAUUCAUUCCAUUUUUGCAAAAACAGCCGGAAUGAACCCUCCACCUACAGUCACCGCCUCGUGGGGAACCUUCUCGGGCCGCCAACAUACCACGCUGGAAUGGGAGGCCCAUUACGAAUUGAUCAAGACGCUCUAUCUGGUCAGAGACCUCAAGCUCUGGCAGAUCAAGGAUAUCAUGGCCCGUGAAUACGGGUUCCGCGCUACUGAUGCGCAGUACAAACGCUUCAUUACGAAGUACAAGCUUGAGAAGAAUGUUAAGCACGAUGUGAGGGAGUGGAUUGCGGCAAAGAGGCGCAAGAGGAGUGUGGAGGGGAAAGAUACUCAGGUGUUUUUGAAUGGGAGGGUGGUGAGGAUGGAGAGACUGGGUGCGUGGAGGGAAGAGGCCGAGGAAGAUCUCCCUCCUACACCCAAGGGUGUGGAAUAUUGCACGCCGAGAUAUAGUGGGCCGGAGGGUGAAACGGAGGAGUACGCUGCAGAGGGGAGCUCAUAUCCGUCGGCGGCGGCAGCGGGGGCAGCGGGGGCACGUCCCCCAAUACCGAUCCCCGCCAUGCAGCAACAUGAAGAUCCUCCUGCAAGCACGACAACUCCACCCACAAAACAAAGCCACAAAAGAAGCCACUCCAAUCCCACCUCGCAGGCCAUGCGCCACUACGCAGACCACAUGCUCAACAAACUCGAACUCGAAGACUUCCACAGUGGCUACGCCUUCAACCACCGUGAAGCACUCGACUUCCUCCUCCGAAACUCCUCAGGCACACUAUGCCCCACCUCCCCCUCCGCACACACCAUCGUCUCGACCCUCGCCACCUCCUUCCCCGCACUAGAGCUUGCCGGCACCUACAUCGCGCUCCACGACGUCAGCGCAGAGGAGUACAUAUCCCUCCUGCAGACCACAGGGAAAGGUCUCAGCCCAUUACUAUCCGCCUUCGAAGUAACCUUCGCAGCCCUUCAACGGGCCUCCUACCCCGCAGCGGCACUACUUCUCACAUGCAGCCACCUCCACCACUCGCACAUCCCGCACGUUUUACUCCAGCGCUCUUCGUCCGCACAGGACCCGACGACACUCACCCGUCUCCUCGGCACACUCACCUCGUACCGGCUCAUCCGGCCAGAGACGUUCAACCGCUCAUUCAGCGUGGACCCAGUGAUCCACGCGCACCUGCGGAAACUUGCGGGGCUCGACGAGGGGCUGCAGAGUCUAAGAAUGGUCAGGACCGCGGUCAUGGCGGAGGGAAGGGUCUUCGGGAAUAGGAUAUUACCGCAUGUUAAGGCCUGCCUGAAACAUCUGAGGAGGUUUGAGCACCAGGGGAAGGGCGAGGGCGUGGAGGUGCGCGAGGGGCUGGCGUGGUUGGCGGGGGUGGUUGAGGGGGCUACAUAG